CGUGACGUCACAGGUAGGAAGCGCAAGCGGAAGUACUCGUCAAUCAGCUGUACAGGUGUAGUCUCCAAGCUGAGCUUGUCUGUCAUAAAACGCAGCUCCUCGUUCAAGAUGUUGAAGGCGGUUAUUUUAAUAGGAGGUCCUCAAAAAGGCACAAGGUUCAGGCCGCUGUCAUUUGAAGUGCCCAAACCAUUGUUCCCAGUAGCCGGUGUGCCCAUGCUCCAGCAUCACAUUGAAGCAUGUGCCAAGGUACCGAAUAUGAAGGAGAUUCUGCUCAUCGGCUUUUAUCAGCCAAAUGAAGAACUAACCAGAUUCUUAUGUAACGCACAGCAAGAGUUCAAAAUUUCUAUCAGGUAUCUGCAGGAGUAUGCAGCCCUGGGCACCGGAGGGGGUAUCUAUCACUUCAGAGAUCAGAUUGUCUCCGGCAGUCCAGAGGCUUUCUUUGUUCUGAAUGCUGAUGUUUGCUCAGCGUUUCCUCUCGCAGAGAUGCUGAGCUUCCAGAAGGAACAUGGAGAACCAAACAGCUUUGUUAUCCUCGGGACAACGGCAAACAGAAAACAAUCACUGAAUUACGGCUGUAUUGUUGAAAACGAGGAAACAAAUGAGGUCUUGCAUUAUGUGGAGAAGCCGAGCACAUUUGUGAGCGAUAUCAUAAACUGUGGCAUAUACCUCUUUAACCCAGACAUCUUCCAGCACAUCGGCGCCGUCUUCCAGAAAAACCAGCAGGACAUGUUGUUAUAUCCAUACGAUGGAGAGGAGCCAACCAACGGCUGGCACCGAGCAGAGGCCAUCAGGCUGGAGCAGGACAUUUUCACUGCCCUGGCAGGACAGGGAAAACUCUACGUGUAUAAAACCCUCAGCUUCUGGAGCCAGAUUAAAUCUGCAGGCUCUGCAAUUUAUGCCAGUCGGUUGUACCUCAACCAGUACCACACAACUCAUCCUGAGAGAUUGGCCUCAAAUAAGGAGGGAGGGCCCAAAAUAAGUGGUAAUGUCUAUAUUCACCCUACAGCCAACAUUGACCCCACUGCUACGUUGGGUCCCAAUGUCUCGAUUGGCACUGGAGUGACUAUCGGUGCUGGGGUCAGAGUUCGAGAAUCUGUCAUCCUUCAUGGUGCAACUCUACAGGAUCACUGCUGUGUGUUGAACAGCAUUGUGGGAUGGGACAGCACUAUUGGCAAGUGGGCAAGAGUAGAAGGAACCCCGAGCGACCCGAACCCCAACGAUCCCUUCGCGAAGAUCGACAGCGAGACCCUCUUCAGAGACGGAAAACUCACACCCUCAAUUACUAUUCUCGGUUGUAAUGUGACCAUCCCGUCCGAGGUGAUUAUACUCAACUCCAUCGUCCUCCCACACAAAGACCUCAACCGCGGCUUCAAAAAUCAAAUUAUUCUCUAGUUAAUCUUCCUCAUGCUGCUGUCCACUUACUGUCACUGAUGAAGGAUGCAGCUGGACGCGCGGUGGCACCGCCUCUGAGUUACUGUAUAUGAGGUGUCAAAAAUGAAGAUAUGGGACAUUCAUUAAAUAGUUUUGAAAGAUAGAUUUUUAUAUAUUUGUCCUCGAGCCUUUAUGCAUCAUUGAGUGUCAGCAACAUUAGAGAAAGGCUAAUCACGCGUGUUGAUUCACCUUGAAAAGUGCUGUCAUGCCAGAGGUUUAUAUUGGUUUUUUAUUAACUUUACCGAACUGUAAAAUUACUGCAGACACUAGUGUAAUUUAUAGUGUAAUAUAUUUGGUUGGAUGUAAUAUGUUGUGAAAAAAAGAAGUUUAUAGACAACCACGUUGUGUUUUCUCAAGGGCAUCCUUGACAAACUUGAGACUUGUUACUUCAGCGUGAAAAGAGGAAUUAUUAGAAAAUAAAAAUCCCUGGCUACCGAC